GCUCAACAGUGGCGGAAUGAAAAUUUUGAACGGCCUAUUGACAUGGAAGGCUCCGGGGACGAUUACUCCUUUGAAGAUGAAGAACUAGAGGAAAUGGAGGACUUCUAUUCGGGAUCUGGCUCGGGAUAUUUCAAGCAGGACCCUGAAUCCAAGAUGGUUGUGCGACUCACCACAGAUUCACCCAUCCUUCUUGCUACCACCUCAGCUGUGUUGCCUGUCACAUCUGUGCAACCAGUUGCCACCCCUUUGGCACCACUCUCUACAGAGGAAGUUAUUUCUAAUUCAGCUAAUGGUCUGUACAUCCCCAGAAUUUCAGAAGCACCAGCAGUCACCAUCUGGAAAGCAGUAGGUGUUACUGCAACUACUGCAGCCCGCGAUGUCACUACUGCUACUACUACUGCUGCUGCUGCUGCUGCUGCUGCUGCUGCUGCUUCUAGCAUGGCUACGACAGCCUCCACCACAACAGUUACCUCUAAACCAACAACUGCCCUGAGGGACCUGCUGCCUGUGAUCACAAUUGUUGCUGUGACACAGUCAAUGAUGCUUGAAACCCCAACGACUGCUACUGUAGCCAGAACGGAAAUUCCAGCUUCUCCCCCGGGGACCAGUGAGACAAAGAUCAGAGAUACAGCACAGCUCAGCACUUCACAGGAACCAGAUGUUACGACAAUGCCCCAGCCUCCUACAGCAACACCAACAGAUGCUGCUCAGGCAGAAACCAUGGAAAUGUCCCUUCCCACAGUUACAGUGAACGAACUUGAAGUUCCCAUCAGUGGGGACUUCGAAAUUCAUGAGGAAGAGAUAGCUCAGACCGAGCUUGGCAAUGAAGUGGUGCCCCUGGUCACCCCUGCAACCGGGCCAGGGUUGAAAAAGAAAAUGGAACCAGGGCUCCUAGACAAUACAAUAGAGUCUGGAAAUUCAGCAGCACAACUCCCCCAGAAAAACAUAUUGGAAAGGAAAGAAGUGCUCAUAGCUGUGAUUGUGGGAGGGGUCGUUGGGGCCCUCUUUGCCGCUUUCCUGGUGAUGCUCUUGAUCUACCGGAUGAAGAAGAAAGAUGAAGGAAGCUACACGCUGGAAGAGCCCAAACAGGCAAGUGUCACAUACCAAAAACCUGACAAGCAGGAGGAAUUUUAUGCAUAGACUGGAACUUCGAGUGCCUCACCAUCUCUUUCAGUCUCAAUGCUGUCCUUUUUUAAAAAAACAACA